AUGGAAAAAGCCAAGAAGGCAAGAGCGGCACGAAGGACCGCGUUUACGCGUGCGCUUAACGCAGUUAAUGGCGGCCUAAAAGACGCACCGUUAAACUUAAACGAAAUUGAGGCGUCUAUGCAAUUAUUAGAGGAGAAAUAUACCGAUUUGGAAGCGAUUAAUGCACAGAUUUUCGACUUUCUCAUCGACAAUAAUGCCGAACAGUCGGUAAUCGAUCAAGAAAUGGAAGCAGUCGAUGAAUAUAAAUUCAUAUUUCUUCAAAAAAGAAACGAAGUCGUGAAAACGUUAAACAAUGGCAUGCAAAAGGAGGGUGCUAAGGUCGAAAACGCGUUACCAUGUGAACCAAAGAAAAAUUUUCGUCUUCCAAAGAUCGAACUGAAAAAAUUCAGUGGUGAUAUUAAAGACUGGUUACAGUUCUGGAGUCAGUUCAAAAAAAUUCACGAAGACGAGAGCAUUGUCGCCGAGGACAAAUUUCAGUACCUCAUACAGGCCAUGUUGCCGAAUUCUCGAGCGUAUGAGUUGGUGCAGAGUUUCCCGCCAACGGCAGAAAAUUACGGCAAAGUGAUCGUGAGCUUAAAAAAUCGUUUUGGUCGUGACGAUCUUCUCGUCGAAGUGUACGUACGAGAACUCUUGAGACUCGUCUUGCAAAAUGCGGUGAAACCGAACGAAAGUAUACGGCUGUCGAGUUUGUACGAUAAAAUCGAAUCUCAUUUACGGGCACUCGAGACGUUGGGAGUAGCAACCGAUAAGUGCGCGGCCAUGCUUUUCCCGCUCGUAGAGUCGUCGUUACCGGAGGAGCUGUUGCGCGCGUGGCAACGAAGCACGAGUGUAAGUAAUGGAAAUGCCGAAAAUGCUGCAAAAGAUCGGUUGACGCGGUUAAUCGACUUCUUGCGAUCUGAAGUAGAGAAUGAGCAGCGAAUAUCGAUGGCAAUGAACGGUUUCAGCUUAAACGCGCAAAAAUCGAAAAAAACGAAACCACGAUCAGAGACACACAAAGACAUCCCGACAGCGAUGGGUCUGUUGACGACAAAACCGGUUAAGAACAUUACGUGCAUUUUUUGCGGCAGUGAACAUGAGAGUGCGGAAUGCGACAAAGCACGUAAAAUGAGUUUUUUCGAAAGACGUAAAAUUAUUAAAGACAAGAAUUGUUGCUACAACUGUCUAAAAUACGGACAUAAUUGCAAAAAUUGUCGUGUUAAUAUUCGUUGUGCAUGGUGUUCUAAACAUCAUUAUAUCGUAAUGUGCCCGGAGUUUUCAAAAGGUGAGAAUGAAAAUAAGGAUUGUACUCCCUGUGACGCAAAAGAAGAAAAAAAUCUGGCAAGUUUUUUACGGGAUCCAGAUGUAAUUUUGCAAACGAUACGCGUAAAACUGCGAAAUGAUGUAAAAGAGAGUAUCGUCCGGGCAAUUAUUGAUACGGGCUCUAUGAAAUCGUAUAUUCUCAAAAGUGCCGUUGAAAGAAUGGGAUACACGCCCGAGGGGGAGCAGGUGAUUACGCACUCGUUGUUCGGCGGUGCAAAAUCGAGCGCGACCAAGCAUCGUAGCUACAUGGUGCGAGUCGGCAGUCUUGACGGUAGAUACUUUUGUCGAUUCAACGCAUUCGACCAAGACGUAAUAUGCGGCAACAUUGCGAGUAUCAAGAGAGGUCAGUGGGUUGAAGAAUUGCAACAUUUAAAAAUUGAACCGCCGGAUAUGAGCGAAGACGAGUCAACAAUCCAACUUUUAAUUGGGGCAGACAUCGCAGGAAAACUGUUCACUGGAAACACAAGAAUUUUGAAAAAUGGACUAGCCGCUAUAGAGACUCUUCUUGGAUGGACGAUCAUGGGCAAAAUACCGAGUGAUGGACAACGUAAAGACUCAAGCUUAACGACUAUUUCAUUGUUCGUUAAAGAGGCUAACAUUUCCGAUUUAUGGGAGCUGGACGUGCUGGGUAUCAAAGAUCCAUUUGAAAGCAAAUCCAAGAAAGAUCAUGAAGAUAAAAUACUGUCUGCAUUUUUGGAAAAUGUCAAGGUCAAUGAAGAUGGACGUUAUGAGGUUCAACUGCCUUGGAGAGAGAAUCACCCUACCUUAGAAAAUAAUCGAGAACUCGCAAUUAGACGCCUGGAAUCUACAACCAGAAAAUUAAAAGUGAACGAUCUUUUCGAAAAGUACGACCAAGUUUUCGAUGAGUGGAAAAGUGACGGUAUUAUCGAACAAGUUCCUGCGAGUGAAGUGACUAAAUGGGGCCAUUAUUUACCUCAUCGACCAGUAUUAAAAGAGAACAGUUCAACAAAAAUCCGGCCAGUGUUCGACGCUUCGUCCCACGAAAAGGAUUCACCAUCGCUAAACCAGUGUUUGGAAAUAGGCCCGAACUUAAUCGAGCUCAUCCCUUCGAUACUGUUGCGUUUUAGAAAGUGUAAAUACGGUGUUAUUUCUGAUAUUAAACGGGCGUUUUUGCAAAUCAGCAUACAUCCAAAGGAUCGCGACUUUUUAAGAUUCUUGUGGUACGAUAAAUCGGGUAAGGUUAUUAUUUUACGCCAUGCCAGGGUAGUCUUUGGAGUAUCGUGCAGUCCGUUUUUAUUAGGCGCCGUAAUCGAUCUGCAUUUAAAACGCGUUAUGCAGGAUGAGCUUUCUCGAGAAUCAAUGAAGUAUUGUCCGAGAAAUAUUACAAAAUUGUCCGAGAGUUUUUACGUGGACAAUUCUGUAACAAGCGUUAAUAACGUAGAUGAAAUAAGCUCGUUUAUAUCGGAUGCUAAGAUGGUAAUGAAAACCGGUGGCUUUGAGCUCAGAGGGUGGGAGUUUUCAGGUGAUUCUCUAGAUAGCGACAAAUCUCCCGUGCUCGGUAUAAUUUGGGAUAAAAACAAAGAUGUUUUGUCAAUAAAUGUACCAUGUUUAGAUGAACUUUACGAAACCGUUGUCACGAAACGAUCAAUGUUAUCCCUUGCUCAUCGUAUAUUCGAUCCUUUAGGCGUCGCUUCUCCAAUAACCCUUUACCCAAAGUUAUUGUUACAAGAGGCAUGGGCUAAGAACCUAUCUUGGGAUGAUGAAGUAACGGAUGAGAUAAAAAAUAAAUUUUUAAAAUGGGUAAGACAGCUAGAUAAUUUACGCAAAAUUGAAAUACCGAGGUGCUUGUUGGGAGAAUUGGGAAGAGACGACCUUAUAACUAUUCAUACGUUUUGCGAUGCCAGUCAGAUGGCGUAUGCAGUCGUAAUAUUUAUACGGAUCGAAAAUAACUUAGGGGUGCGUGUUAAAUUUGUACAAUCGAAAGUCCGAGUUGCGCCGGUGAAAACUUGUACUAUUCCGAGACUAGAAUUAUUAGGAGCUACUAUAGCCGCACGCUUAACCCACUCAGUUGUAGAAACACUUAAACUAAAUAGCGUGAAGAAAUAUUAUUGGUGCGACUCUACUACUGUUCUCGCGUGGAUAAAGAGGCAGUCGCAAUGGGGGGUGUUCGUUCUGAACAGGGUACAAGAAAUUCGUAAAUUGUCCAGUUGCGACGAAUGGUAUCAUGUGCCGGGUGAACACAAUCCUGCGGACUUGCCUUCGAGAGGAUGUUCUGUCGAUCAAUUAAUGGCUUCUAGAUGGUGGGGGGGGGGGCCACAAUGGCUAUAUUCGCGUUCUGAUUGCUGGCCUUUCUCAGAACCUAGUUUCAACGAAACAGAAAUCGAGAAAGAAGCGAAAAAAUCGGCUAUUUCUAAGGGUAAAGAUAAUGCGGGAAAACAUGAGUACGGUACUGGUGGCAGCAACCAAUCAGAUUCAGGAGAGUUAUCUGUUGAAGAACUGCUCGAGUCCGAAUUGUUUAUGUUAAAACUUGUUCAAACGGAGGUUUUUGCCAAUGAGAAAGACAAGAGGCUUGAAGUUUUGAAGGCAUUUAAAGACGAUAAAGGGUUGAUACGGUUGAAGACUAGAAUUACGGAAAGAGACGAUACGUACAAUUUUCGGUACCCUAUUGUCUUACCUGCUUGUCAUGAUCUAGUCACACUAUUGAUUAAAGAGAAACACGAUAAGUUGGGGCACGCUGGUGUACAGAUUUUGCUUAAUAAUUUAAGAGGAGAUUAUUGGGUUCUGGGAGGCCGAAAGGCCAUUCGCGCCGUAUUAAAAGGAUGUUCUACUUGUCAACGAUACAGUUCGAAGCCAAUGGAAGUAAUAUCAGCUCCUCUUCCUUUAGAUAGAGUAAGAGAUGCUGCUAUUUUCGAGGUGACUGGCGUCGAUGCUGCUGGCCCUAUUUUUUUGAAAGGACCGCAGAAAGCUUGGAUUAUAUUGUUUACGUGCGCGGUGUAUCGAGCCGUACAUCUUGAGCUGGUUACCUCGCUGUCCACUGUUGCCUUUAUAGAUGCGCUUAGACGUUUUAUUUCGAGACGUGGUCGACCUUCCAUUAUCUAUAGCGACAAUGGAAAAAAUUUCGUGGGUCUUGACAAUCUAUUAAAGCUGGUUGAUUGGCAGAAAGUCGAAAAAUUUGGUACGAUUAAUAAAAUACAAUGGCGGUUUAAUCCACCUUCUGCCGCGUGGUGGGAGCGUUUAAUCGGAGUAUUGAAGCGAUUGUUGCGACGUAUAUUGAAAAAGGCGUGCUUGAGCUACGAAGAAAUGCUUACUGUUUUGUACGAUUGUGAGGCAGUAAUAAAUUCGCGGCCGCUGACAGCUAUGUCUGACAAUGCGCAAGAUUUUGUCCCGUUAACACCGUCGAUGUUCCUACAAGAGAUUAAAGAGGUAGGCGUCCUCGAUUGCGAUUUUUUGGAGCGAUGUAGACUAGAUAAAAGAUUUGUAUAUCGUCAAAGUAUUAAAGAUCAGUUGCGAAGUCGUUUUCGUAUAGAGUAUUUAGGCGAACUAAUGUAUCACGAUAAUAAAAGGAGUAAAAGGAUCCGUCAACCACAAAUAGGCGAUAUAGUAUUGAUAGGAAAUGACAACCAAAAAAGGCUCGACUGGCCCCUAGCGCGAGUAACUGAGUUGAUUUUAGGCAAAGACAACAAACCUCGUGUUGUACGUUUGAAAACGGCUUCAGGAGAAUUGACGAGACCCGUGCAAAGAAUUUAUUCCUUAGAAAUGGAUGACGAGUUUAAUGUUAACAAAAAAUGUUUUAAUCGAAAAGCGAAAAGAGAGUCUUAA